ACGUGAAAUUUGUUACUACCGGUGCCUGUGCUCGUGGUGGUUACCGGCUGGGCGUGUACGGUAUAUAGAUACGGGACCAUUGUGCUCCAACCCGCUUAGAUACGCGGAUCUCUAGCUUAGACACGCGGGACAGAAGCCUCAGCAUGGCCGACAACUCCUCCGACAUCAUCGCCUACCCGUUCGAGUACCAGCUGCCGUUCGAGAAGGAUUUCAACGAGAAUGCGGCUCUGCAGUGGAUGGGAGAGAACUGGACAGCCGCCUUCACCUACGCCAUCUUGUACGUGGUGCUGGUGUUCGGCGGCAGAUAUUUCAUGCAGAACCGGGAGAAGUUCGACCUCAGGCUGCCCCUGACGCUCUGGAGCGGAGGUCUGGCCGUCUUCUCGACUCUGGGCGCGCUGAGAAGCGCGUAUGAUUUGUGGUUCAUACUGAAGGUGCGCGGCUUCCAAUUCUCCGUGUGCGACUCCCGCUUCUACCGCGAGCCCGUGCUGGACUUCUGGGCGUUCUACUUCACGUACAGCAAGCUCCCGGAGUUGGGCGACACCGCGUUCAUCGUUCUCCGCAAGCAAAAGCUGAUCUUCCUGCACUGGUACCACCACAUCACCGUGCUGCUCUACGCCUGGUACAGCUACAAGGACACGCUGGCGGCCGGGCGAUGGUUCUAUUGCAUGAACUUCACGGUCCACGCGCUGAUGUACACGUACUACGCCAUCCGCGCGGCCGGCUACAGGGUCCCGCGCUCGUACGCCAUGGUGAUCACGAUCGCGCAGACUGCGCAGAUGUUCAUGGGCUGCAUCGUGAACUACACCACCUACGCGGCGCUCGGGAAGGGCGACCCCUGCGACUCCACCUACGACAACAUCGUCUGGUCCAGCAUCAUGUACUUCUCCUACUUCCUGCUCUUCGCACAGUUCUUCUACGACGCGUACAUGCGCAAACCCGAGAAGCCUCCCGUCCCCUCCUCGCACAAGAACGGAGUCAAACACCACGGAGCGAAGCAGAAUGGCAUCCACAAGAUACAGGAGAACGGCGUGUGGAAAGAAAACGGAAUCAAACGGGAUUAAUUAAUUAAUCAAUUAAGCUUUUAGGUGUCAUGUACAAACUUUGCAAUCAUCUCAUUCUACUCAUUAACGCGAGGUUGAGUUCAUCGUCUGUGUCAAUUAGGUAAUUAAUUUAUUGAAUUAGUUGUGUCAAAAAAGUCUAACUCAGAUUCAGAAUUAUCGUGUAGAAAAUGUGGCUGAUCAAGGGUACAGUAGUACUUGCCUGUUGAGACCACUGAUGGCAAUAUAAAGCAGCUACUAUGAAUAAGAGAAACCCCUUAAACAACCUCCCUUCAUUCACCCUGACAGGGAGAGAAACCUCAGUCAUGUGAAUGAAACUCUCCUUCCAUCCGCCUCAUCACACAAACUUCCUCCCAUCUCAUACCCCCUGGACCCCCUAUACGCCCCUCCCCAUCCCCCCUAAACCCCCUACAUCCUCUCCGCAUACCCCCCCAGAACCCCUACACCCCCACCUCCCAGAGAACACGCCUGGCUUUUCCUGACAUUCCAGUCAGUCCUGGAUAUGAUUCCCUACCUACCAACUUCUGUUCAACACAAACAUGUUUUGUUUGGCAAUAUCUUUUGUUUGAUUUAUUGAAUGUGCAGCCAUUCUGAUUGAAGAAAAAGCCACUUGUCCCAUGUUUGUGUAAGCCCUGCCUACGUGUUAGCCGUGAGUGGGGCACCCUGAUUUAGAGAGAUAGAAUAAAUUAUAACCAAAUUAUACAGCCACUUCCUAACCCUCUUGAAGAUAUAUGUGUAACAUCAGACAUGUAGACAUCAGCUUAUGUAACGUUCCAUGGUGCAAAUUCCAGCCCAUUCCCUCCCCUCCCAGAGUAACUGUAGACAGCCUAUUUUAGACCCUUGAUACAUCUGUCAGUUAUUAGGCAUUCUGAAGUAAAAUUCCAGAAAUAAGACCAGAUCAAAACAAAGGUACUGGGAGGAAAAGUAAACCAGUCUACAUGGUGACUCCCAGAGAUUUUGUACCAUUCAGGCUCAGACUUUUCCCUGAUACUCUGUUUUCAUGUGGAUUUUCCAGUUCUGACCUGUUUCUUUAACUCUGAGGCCUAAAACUCUAUGUUGUUGUGGUUUACCUGUGAAAACUUGUACUUUGGUCGGCCUUAUAUAAGGUGACAGAGUCCGAAGGUCGGACCUGUUCAAUACAGGUGCGGCUCUGACGUUUCAAGUGACAUGUAGCUAGGCACGAAGUCACGAAACAAAGUCCGCGGGGACGUCACUAACGGGGUAUAGACAGAUUGAUUGACAUCAUUGUCACCUGUCAAUCAUAAUUUAGUGAAACCUGAUUGGACAGAGUUUUCUAUGAUUGGGGGCUGAGUGGGGGCCUGGAAAUUGUUGCCAUGGUAACAAAAAUAACACGAGAUAGAAGGGGGCAAAAGACUCCAGAUAGUGCUGUAUGCAUGAAUAUAAGACUGAAAUCAACACUGUACAUCAAUAAGUAUUGUAAAUUCGUACUGUAGACUUGAAAAUUGUUGCAGAGAUCUAUCUGCAUGACGCAAAGGUGUGCCGUGUAUAUAAAUAUUGUGGCACCUUUUUUAACUAUAAUAUUUGGGAAUAUUGCAGGAUGUACCUGUAACACAUGCAACUGAUUCUAUAGGUGCUCUUUACAUGCUGCGGUCAUGUUUGCACAGAUACUGCAUAUUGUAGUGUACUUGUCUGUACUGUACAGAUGUAACACUGGUCACACAGGACACAUCAGGAAUCUGUAACAAAAGUUUCUCUGUAACCUCGCAUGGCACACAGCUCGCUGUACUGUUUACUGCACUGAUGUAUAACAGCACAGCAGCUGUAUUUAACUUAAGCUAGUAACUUCUAGUUGCAUGUGGGUAAUUCAAAGUAUUGUCAUGCACAGAAAACUCGUGAAUUUGUGUCUCUGAGAGAUUAUGUGAGAAACUCCAGAGUGACCAGUGUUAGAUGAGGCCACACCAUCUUAUUCACCCGGUUCUCACUCCUUCAGAACCUAAAUUUUAGCAAGAAAUCGAGACGAAAACAGCUAAGGAGAAACAAGCACCUGACAGGAUUUACCCAUCAGACUUAACGAUCUUGACCUGAAGUAAAAGGUCAAGGUCAAAGGAAAACUAGCAUCGGACUCAUUGACAGUAUGCAAUCAACCACAGUUUUCAUGUUGACCAUCCGGAUCAGCACUAUUUAUAACUAAGGACAUUGUUUUAAGCAACCAGUUAAGAUGGUGUGACCUAAGGUUACAUGUGUUAGUACACGUGCACGUCCCAGACUGACCUCUGGGUCAAACAGAUAGGUCGGGGAAAGUCCAACCUGUAAAAUGUGCUACAGCAGCAAAAAUCGAUGACCAGGGCAAAGGUUGGGGGGUGGUGUGUACUACUGACCACUAAUGAUGUAGCAGCCAUGUUGGGGAGGGGGGCACAUGUCUCUUGUUCAAGGUCGACUCUUACAAACCUGUACCAAUGACUGCUGAGGUAUGGAACAGCAGAGGUGUCAGGAACGUGUAGAGGGGGAGGCCAUGUUGGGGAGGGGGGGCACAUGUCUCUUGUUCAAGGUCGACUCUUACAAACCUGUACCAAUGACUGCUGGGGUAUGGAACAGCAGAGGUGCCAGGAACGUGUAGAGGGGAGGCCAUGUUGGGAGGGGGGCACAUGUUUCCUGUUCAAGGUCGGAACAAACCUGUACCAAUGACUGCUGGGGUAUGGAACAGCAGAGGUGCCAGGAACGUGUAGAGGGGAGGCCAUGUUGGGAGGGGGGCACAUGUUUCCUGUUCAAGGUCGGAACAAACCUGUACCAAUGACUGCUGGCAUGUCAAACAGCAGAGGUGCCAGGAACGUGAGUGGAGGGGGAGGGGGGCUCAGGUCAGGGACGGUAGAAGAGGCAGAAUUAGUCCCUCGUCUAGAAAUAGUCACUACAUCCUGGCUUGUAUAUAACUUAAUGGCAUCUUGAAGACCACUGAUCUAAGAUGGGUGCUCUCUACUUCUCUACAAAGUCAUUUGCACUUUGACCUUAUGAUGUCAGGUGCAAUGCAUGAUGGGAUGUUUGUGUUUGAGAUUAUUUCAUUCCAAAGAUGAUUAUUUUUUGUAAUUUUUGUUAAAAUAUUUGUUUUGGUAUGUUUCAUUUUUAUACAUCGGAUGAAAUUAUGUGUUUGUUGAUCUUGUACAAUCAUCUUAGAUGGAUGGACAGAUAACGUUAGUAUUUGUGUUUGUGUCAGUUGGUGUUUGUUUGUUUGUUUUGUUUUUCUCAUUCCAUCAAGAGGGUAAAAGACGGAUUGAAAAAGAAGAAAUCAUUGCCUCAAUUGUACAAAAAUUGCAAUUUGAAAAAGCCACACAAACCAAUAAUUGUGCAGUGGAGAAUAGUAAUUCGUUAUAAGUCAUGAAGUGUCGUUUUUAAACUAGUGCGAGUAGUGUAGUGAUAAUAGAUAACAUGAAAAGAUUUGUAUUUAGUUCUACAAUUAGUGCAUGAAGGAAUGUAACUUCCAAACUGUACUUAUCAUCUGUAGAAAUGUUUUGAGUUUAUGGAACUUUUGCCUGGUCCUAGAAAACACUGCAGUCGAACCAUAGCAUUGGUUUGUAACAAAACCUAUCUGUAAUGUUACCAGUCGAGCAGAAAUUCUGCCGAGCUUCUCAUAUGUUGGAAGUUAAAUCUAGAUGUUCCUUGGAAGUCUGGGUCAUCCUUGGAAGAUUAUAGGGAAGGAAACGCCUUAGAAGUUAGAUCCUUGACUCGAGAAAAGACCAGGCAAAUCUUCUGUGGAUUCAAACAGGAAAUCAGUAGCUUUGUAAGAAACUAACUAACAUGUGUCUCUCGACUGAUGAAGAAUUCUAUGUAAAGGAAGACAUCUCUGAAUGUUUGUACAUAGAUGUACGGAAUGAUACCAGUGGUAGCUGACCUGUUGUAGUCCAGAUAUAGAAAGAUUGUUUAGCUGUGUGCAACAACCUUACUACAAACACUGGCACUGGUGACUGGGGAACUGAGAAACACAAGAAAUUCAGGGCCUGCCACAAAUAUCUCUGCAUACUAUACAAGUACUGCUGUAUUCGGAGGAGUAGACUAUUGAAAUGUAAUAUGAUGCUGUGUUAAGGUGACAUUUAGGGCUUAUUAGAUGCUGCCCAUCAAAUUUGAUAAGUUACCUUGAAAGUUUGUUAAAGUGGCCACUGUAAAAUUCAGGAAAAUCAGAACAAAAAAGACUGAUUGUGCAAUCUGUAAACUUGGAAAUCACUCCAGCUGUGUAACCUAGGAAACCACUCCAGCUGUGUAACCUAGGAAACCACUACAGCAGUGUAACCUAGGAAACCACUCCGGUUGUGUAACCUAGGAAACCACUACAGCUGUGUAACCUAGGAAACCACUACAGCUGUGUAACCUAGGAAACCACUACAGCUGUGUAACCUAGGAAACCACUACAGCUGUGUAACCUAGGAAACCACUCCAGCUGUGUAACCUUGGUAACCACUCCAGCUGUGUAACCUAGGAAACCACUCCAGCUCUGUAACCUAGGAAACCACUACAGCUGUGUAACCUAGGAAACCACUGUAGCUGUGUAACCUAGGAAACCACUGUAGCUGUGUAACCUAGGAAACCACUGUAGCUGUGUAACCUAGGAAACCACUGUAGCUGUGUAACCUAGGAAACCACUGUAGCUGUGUAACCUAGGAAACCACUGUAGCUGUGUAACCUAGGAAACCACUGUAGCUGUUUAACCAAGGAAACCGCUCCAACUCUGUAACCUAGGAAACCACUGUAGCUGUGUAACCUAGGAAACCACUGUAGCUGUGUAACCUAGGAAACCACUGUAGCUGUGUAACCUAGGAAACCACUGUAGCUGUUUAACCAAGGAAACCGCUCCAACUCUGUAACCUAGGAAACCACUCCAGCUGUGUAACCUAGGAAACCACUACAGCAGUGUAACCUAGGAAACCACUACAGCUGUGUAACCUAGGAAACCAGUGUAGCUGUGUAACCAAGGAAACCACUGUAGCUGUGUAACCAAGGAAACCACUGUAGCAGUGUUACCUAGGAAACCACUUCAGCUGCCUUAUCUAGGCCACUCCACCUGUAUUCUAUUAUUGUUAUACUGGCUUUUCCCUCAGGAAACCCGCAGCCAUGACUAGCAGGUGUCUGUGUAGUGUAAAUUAUGCAUGUUGUGAGGCUCAUGUAACAAACACUGGAAUAAAUGACAGUGUGUCUGUCCUA